CAGGGAAAUAACUACAACCACGCAGCCACAGGAGCCUCCUUGUUAUCAUGAGUUCUCUGGGAAGUGGUACAAUCGUGGAGAAUUGUUUGCACAGGGUGCAUGCGAAGAAUGCACGUGUCUCGAUGAAAUCGUUUGCUCGCGGAGUGAAUGUCAUCUCACACAAGACGAUUGUGCAGAAGGCGAAAUCGUGAUGUCUACCGACGAUAUGUGUUGUGAAUGCAGACCAGUGCAAACAACAGUUGUUCCAACAACCAUUCGUUCAGCUUGCACUGCUCCUUACGUGUAUCGCAAGAGCUGUGAGUGUCAUGUUAUGUGCUCAACGUUGGGUGAGGACUGCACGGAUGUUACGUGUAAAGAGGGUUGCUUCUGUCCCGAGGGUAUGCUGAUGAAUCAAAAAGACUGCAUUCCUGCGCAUCAGUGCCCUUGUACGGAUGUUUCAGGAGCCAAAAGAGAGUUCAACGAAAUGUGGUACCAAAGCGACUGCGAAAAAUGUAUUUGCAGAGAAGACAUGACCAUUAACUGCACAAAGCUUUGCACACUUGACUGCAAUGAGGGCCAAGUUCUGAUUGAGCCAGAUGGAAGUGUGUGUUGCUACUGUGAGCAAAUAACAACAGCAGCUCCAUUUUCGACAACAGCAAUAUUUUCAACAACCCCAUCUGGUUCCCCGAGCGAGUGCAUUGGUUGUUUCGACGAAAACUCGGAAACCUGUCACGAGCCCGACACAUCGUGGCGUGAUGACCCAUGCACAACCUGUGAAUGUCGGUACAAGAAAAAUGAGUACGCCUUGACUUGCAAUCAGACCCAGUGUGGUGAGGAACUAGAGUGUAAAGAGGUAAAUUAUACGUUUGUCUGUCUGAUGAAAACCCAACUUAAAAGUUGA